AGGUAAGAAAGGACUGCCGUGUCCUAAGCCCGUGAAAAAUAUUCACGGGAAGAGCAUGUCGUUGGAAAACCUGAAAGUUCAAAUAAGCGAACCGUCAGAUGCUGCUGGCACCAAGGAUCAUCCCACUGGCCAGUACAUUGUGCGGCUGUUGUCCUUCGUCCCCGGAAAAAUUCUGCAUAGUGUUCCAUACACGAAAGAAUUGUUUUUUCAAGUGGGAGAGUUAGUCGCCAAAACAGAUCUUGCCUUGAUGGAAUUUAAACAUGAUGGAAUCAAAGGGGUUGACCGCAUUUGGAAUUUGAACGCAGUUCCAAAACUUACCGACUUUGUUUAUGCGAUCGAAGACGAGCAGAGACGUAAGCUGUCCGUUGCAGUCAUUGAUAAUUUCAAAUUCAAUGUUGUGCCUCUUUUGGAACAUCUUGAAAGUGGUCCAAUUCACGGGGACUUCAAUGAACAAAAUAUUUUAGUGAAGGAAGUUGAAGGCCACCCAGGAACGUACGUCUUAUCUGGAAUCCUGGAUUUCGGAGAUGUUCACAUCAACUUGUAUCUUUUUGAACUAGCUAUUGCCAUUUGUUACAUGAUGAUUGAAUGUCAAUCCAUGAACAUUUUGGAUGCGCCUGGUCACGUCUUGGCCGGUUACAAUCGAUUUCGGCCCAUUCCGGAAAACGAAUUCACCUUAUUAAAGGACUGUAUUGCAGCCAGAUUAAGUCAAUCACUUGUAUUGGGUGCUUAUUCUUAUUCACAAAAUCCGGAUCCCUAUCUGUUAACUACGGCCCAAAGAGGUUGGCAAUGCCUCGAGAAGCUUUGGGACUGUCCGAAAGAUGAGCUACACAAACGCUGGCGAGCAAUCAUGAAUAGCUAUGUCAACUGAUGAUCUAUCUUGACGAUUCGUGUUUUUUUCGUACAAAUGAAUAAUUAAAUAAAAA